AGAGGAAAGAACGAUCAUGAAUCUGAUAAGCGAGAGCUUGUGUUCAAGGAAGAUGGGCAGGAGUAUGCAUCUGUGACCAAGAUGGUGGGAAAUGGCUGGGUAGAAACAUCCUGCUGCGAUGGCGAAAAGAGGCUAGCACAUAUUCGAGGCGCAUUCCGCAAAAAGAUCUGGAUUGGAGUAGGCGAUGUUCUUCUCCUUGGACUGCGAGACUAUCAAGACACCAAGGCGGAUGUAAUUCUCAAGUAUACGCCAGAUGAAGCACGUUUGUUAAAGUCAUAUGGAGAAUUGCCUGAUAAUGUCAAGAUCAAUGAGACUGAAAUGACUGGAGAGGUCGGAGAAGAA